AGUUUGCGUUUAUGGCGGAGUGAGGACGCUGCUGCUUCACCAUCUGCGCUGGAAGCGAGCGCUGCCCGAUUUUCUAAUGGUGUUGUUGGGAAUCCCGAGUUACUUUGCCCGUGGUCACCGUGUUCAGUUCAUGAGAGAUGCAGGACGACUCUAACCUGCCCGACAUAGGAUUUGUGCAGCAAAUUCUGAGUUUGAAUUUGGUCCCCAGGAAGAAAAAUGCCACCAACUGCGGGAACGACACAUCGCUGUGCGAUUUCUCAGAGAUGUGGUAUGGCGUGUUCCUGUGGGCUGUCGUCUCUUCGCUGGUGUUCCACCUGCCAGCAGCUCUACUGGCCCUUGCCACUCUGCGCAGACAUAAGAUGGCACGCUUCUUGCCCAUCGCCAUCUUGCUUAUGGGCAUUAUAGGCCCCCUGUUUGGCGGAGUCCUCACUAGUGCAGCGAUAGCAGGGGUGUAUAUGGCAGCAGGAAAGAGGAUGAUGUCCUUGGAGGCCUUGGUGUUUGGAGUAGGACAAUCUUUCUGUGUUCUCGUCAUCUCCUUCCUCAGAGUGUUGGCCACCCUGUAGCGUUUGAGCCACCAGACCAACCAGGCUGCCAUCACAAAGGAAGAAGAGAGCUGUGAACGACUUGUUUCAGUUCCCCUGGACGUCAUAUGCAAAAACAUGGAGGCCUUAUUUUUCACACUUGUCCCCACAGGUCUUUUAUUUUGAUAUGUAGAUAGGUCCCUCUCCCCCUCUCCCUCUCCCUCUCCCUCUCCCUCUCCCUCUCCCUCUCCCUCUCCCUCUCCCUCUCCCUCUCCCUCCCCCUCUCUCUCCCCCUCUCUCUCCCCCUCUCCCUCUCUCUCUCCCUCUCUCUCUCCCUCUGUCUCUCCCUCUGUCUCUCUCUCUCGCUCUCACACACAAAAUGUCAGGUUUCGGGUGGCAAAAUGGACAGAUGAGCACCUACCUUUUAAAUGGCCUUCGAACACUGGUGGUUUGUGGAGACAUCUUGCACAUGUGCGCUUUGUAUAUAGUAGAACAUUCCAGGAGAAAGAUUCAGUGGGCCAACAGAACUUCAGCACUGAGGGCCGUGGAACCCCAGCAUAUAGUGUUCAGAGCAACACUGUCUGGUUUCAAGAAGCCCCUAAAAUCUUGAUUUCCAUGUAUUUUGCAGAGAUGUGUGUCAUUGUUAUGAGCUCACAUGAUUCUGGUAGUGAUGACACUGGUCUUUUAAAUUGCACAGAUAUUUUUCUCAUGGUUUUUUGUACACCAAAUUCACUUCGUUUAGCAAACGAUAGUAUGGAAAUCCAUUACUGCCUGGUAGAAGAAGAAGGAAAAAAAAUCACCUACAUUUUUUCUCACUCUGUUUCUGAGAGUAGUAUCUCAAAAUAUUGACUUACUAUCUCAAAAUUUUUGCUUUUCAUGCCAAAAUAAGGA